CAUCGAGCCAUCUGGAAGCAAGGGGGCUCUUGGGCAACCACCCUGACAAACCUCUGGCAGACUUUCAAUUGGCCGAAUUCACGUGAUUAGGCGUUCAGUUCGCGACUUCCCAACUAGUGACGACAUUCUCAAAUCACAGCUCUGGCAACAAUGAUCUACUUCAGCUUUCUAAUUGACGCCUCUUCACAUUAGCAUCACAGUCAGCUCAUUCAAUGCUCGGCACUCUUUCCAUUCCACCAUAGCUGGCGGUGAAGAGAUUCAGCUCAACCCUGAUUUAACCUGAUUCUCCGGGCACCUACAGCUGCCUCCACCCGGAGAAUGUCUUACACCACCAAUUCGCCAGCUCAGAGCACCAAAGCCUCCAUGCAGGCAAGCGCUCCCUCAACAGGAAGCAUGAGGGAUUUUAUGGCUUCUUGCAUGUCCUUCAACCAGGCAAGCGCUAGAGGCACCUCCACAGGAAGUGCGAGAGGUUUCCCAGGGGCCGAUACGCUCGGCACUACUGUAUCCAAUGCGAUCUCUAUUGACGAUAGCCCCAGCCCAACUUCUGUCUUUCCUCAGGGUGUGACGUCAAAGAAGCGGAAGCGGGGGACCAUCAGCGAACCGGUGGUCAUAAAUAUCUCUGAUGACUCCGAUGACGAAAAUUCCGUGGCCAGGACUAAUUCGGUGACAUCCAUGCGAAAGUCUGUGGCUAAAGCACCUAAAGCUAAAGCACCGAAGCGGAAGCGGAAGCAAAAAGAUUAUGAGGAGCCGAAUCCUGGGGGAGAGAGCCGCGUCGAAAAACGACUACAUCAGUUUCGUGAGAGGCCGCCAUAUAAGUUCCAGGACCGAUUGAACCGUGCCAUAUCCCAACCAAUGUUCCUCAUUGAUCGAGAGAGAAAACUGAAUAGCGAUGGAACGCAUGAAGUGGAGAAGUUUGAUAUGGCCGGUUCAACUGGGAAUAUAUAUGAAGUCGUGAUUGACAAAAAGCCAAAAUGUACAUGCAUGGAUGCGAGGAUCAGAGGAAAUCAGUGCAAGCAUAUUAUCUAUGUUCUCGUCAACGUUCUGAAAGCUCCAGAGCAUCUUCAAUACCAACAAGCUCUGCUUUCUACAGAACUCAAACAGAUAUUCGACCACGCCCCUGUUACACCCCAGUCUUCCAAUAGCUCCGAAGAUACAUCACAUCCCGGAAAGCGAAAGCCGAUCGAGGGUGAUUGUCCAGUGUGUGUCAUAGAAUUCAAGCCCAGCGAUGAAAUUCUGUGGUGCAAAGCUGCAUGCGGGAACAAUAUCCACAAGACUUGCUUUGACCAGUGGGCGAAGAGCAAGCCUGGACCGGUUAAAUGCGUAUACUGUCGUACCGUUUGGAAGGAGGAUGAGGAUUCCACUAAAAACAUUGACAAACAUGGAGCAAAGAAUAGAGAGGGAUACGUCAACGUUGCGCGCCAGCUUGGGUUGAGUGGCGUGCGGGACCAUAGCAGCUAUCAUCAACCAUGGUUCGACGACGAGGGGUAUGGGGGGUUUGCAGGGAUCUAGUAAGCUUGGUUACAGUGCGGGGGAUGGAGUAGCUGGGAUAUUUUUAUGGAGGGGUUGCGAUGGUCAAUACGCCAACCUCGAGUGGGCUUGCUAUUUGAUGAGGGGAUGGGAUUUGGCCAUGACACAUUAGGGUGGUGGGGAGAUGUUUGGCAUUACACUAUCCAGGCGUUGGGGAGGGGUUUAUCGUUUGCUGAGGUGCAUAACAUUGAUUCUGGCGUUUGUCAGGUGGCAGCCUUCACGGCGAGGAGGGACUUACUUUUGCUGCAUACUAUACCCAUUUGCUUUUACUCUUGCUGUGUCUUACUGACCGCCCCUUGCUAUUUUAACGAGGCAACUAAUUAUAGGAAGCGACAUCAUAGUCAUGGAAAUCAAAACUGAGCUUUAAUUGGGCCAUGCCGCGGAGUUAUACUAUUGUCUUACUACUUUCGUGGGCUUUCCUUGAGCAUCACGUAUGAACAGCUACUAGCUGUGUUGGUUCUCAGACGAAUCUUCCUAUUUGAGGGUGAUUAAUAUGCAAAAACCAAUAUUGUGUUCCUGUGAUUGAGUCGUGGUACAGACAGGGCGCAGAAUUCUACGAAUGAGAGAU